AACUAAUUAUAUUAAUUUCUAUGCAAGACCGGGCAUAUUUACAGCUCGCAUAGAACGCCAAUAACUUUGCCUAUAUGAUCAAUUGAUUUCAAGAAUCAAUCUUUCAUUCGUCUUCAAUCAUCCGAUUGUUUGUCUUGUAGUUUAUUUCAAGGAUCAAUCUUUCAUUCGUCCUACGUCGAUCUCCAAUCCAGAAAAGCUUCACAAAACACAAAAACUAAAUCUAUGGGGCAAAAAGACGAGCCUGCCAUCGGGGUUCCUUACUACGUCGGCCAGAAUCCUUACCAAGCUGGAGCCAUCCCGCCAAACGCCGUCUUCGGCGAUCCGAAAGGAAUUCCGAUUCAGCAGACUAUGUAUCGGGACACUCCUGCUCCUUUUAACUGCAUUUUCUGUGGUAAUUCUGGGCUUACUGUUGUCAGGUCAAAGCCUAGUCUGGCAGCUGUUGUUGGUUGUAUGAUGCCAUUUAUGCUUGGGGUUUGCUUUCUUUGCCCCUCAAUGGACUGUCUCUGGCACAAAUAUCACUAUUGCCCAAGCUGCAAAGAAAAGGUUGCGGACUUUGAGAAAUCAGAUCCUUGUUUAGUGAUGGAUCCUCCCCAAUGGACACAGCAGAGCUUUGCAUUGCCUGCAUGAGCUGACGAAGCCCAUUAUUUUGUGCUGUUCCUGGCUUAAACUAUAUUCUCAGCUUGCGACUUGCCAUUGGUUUGCUGGACUUCUGAGUUGCCCAGUCUGUGCAAGGAAUUGUAAAGAGUGAUUGGUGGUACAUGUAUUUUUAGAAUGGUGUGAAUCAACAGUGUUUUUUAUGUGAUAUGCAGUCUAUAAUUUCUGAACAAAGAAUUUUAUUUAGUGUUCAUUUGUUUUCUUGGGAGCUAAA